AUGAACAGGACCGUUCUCUACGUCACGGGCUUCUCGCCCAAUCUUAGAGCUCGCGAUCUCGCGCACGAGUUUGAGCGCUUCGGCCGCCUCGUGCGCUGCGACAUUCCCGCCCUCAAGUCUCCUUCGGCGACUCCCUUUGCCUUUGUCGAGUUCCGGCGUGAGGAUGACGCCGAAGACGCCUACUAUGACAUGCACGGGCGUAUGGUUGAUGGCCGUCGCCUGACUGUUCAGUGGGCCAAGCGUCCUCCCAGCGCGGCGUGGCGUCACGAGGACUUCCGCCGUGAGCGUGAGUGGGGUGGCCGUGGUGGUGGUGGUGGCGGUGGUGGUGGUGGUGGUGGUGGUGGUGGCGGCGGCGGCCGCGACCGUGACCGCCGUUCGCCUCUUCGGCGCCGUUCGCCCUCGCCGCGUCGUCGUUCGCCCUCGCCGCGUCGUCGUUCGCCCUCGCCGCGUCGUCGUUCGUCCUCACCUCGCCGCGACCGUGACUACGACCGCGACGAGCGUGACCGCGACUACGACCGUCGUGAGGGCCGUGGCCGUGAGGACCGUGGCGAGCGCGAUGAGAACGACCGCUCGCCCUCGCGUGAGGAUGACCGCCGUGAUGACGACCGCCGCCGCUCGCCCUCGCCGGAGCGUGAGCGCGAGCGCGAGGCUGCAGACGAGGACUCGCGGCCCGCCGAGGAGGACCGUCGCGAGGACUAG